AUGGACGACGAAGAUAAUGACUAUGAGAUUGAACGACAAAAGACUAUAGCUCAAAAUCGACUAUUGUUAGAUUCAUUAGGACUUGAUCCAUCUGGAGCGUCGAAAAUCCCAUUCUCGAAAACAGCAACAACUGCAUCACCGAAACCCAAACUCAAACCUUCUUCAGCUAGCAAGAAGAGGAAAGCACCUUCGUCCCAUGUCGUCGAAGAUUCAGGUCCGAGGAGGAGGUCAGGUAGGUUGGCAGGAUUAGAAGCUGAUGGUGAAGAAUUGAAAGUAAAGUUAAUUGAAGAAGAAAAAGAAAGAGAGGUUUUGAGAAUCAUAAAUAGGAAAGAAAGAGAUAAAAUCAUGGAUAUCAAUAAAAUGGUUGAAGAACCGACUCAAGGUGAAAUUGAGAGUCUUGAAGAAUACUUGAAAUCACUUUCUUUACUUAAGAACCCACGUCAAUUCCCUUCCCCUUCCACUUCCAGCUCAAGCUCAAGUACAGUUGUCAAAUCAGGAACAGAUUCACCUAAAGAUAUGUAUGCAGAUUCAGAUACCAUACCUACCGAAGUAGCAAGAUUGAAAUCCGCUUUUAAGAAUAUGGAAUUGAAAGCAAAUGCUAAAGUGACUAAUGAACGGGUAUAUACAAUGGUCGUUCAUCCUGAAAGGACGAAAACGGUCGUUUUGGUAGGUGACAAAUACGGUCAACUAGGGAUCUGGGACGCUCUUGGAGCACCAGAAGAAAAAGUCAAAUCUGAAGAUGACACGAAUGGCGUUCAAGCGCCCGAGGAAGAGGGCUAUGAAGGCAGAAUAUGGAAAGUACAAGCUCACGCAAGAAAUGCAAUCACUUGUAUGAAAGUUGAUCCUGUCAAUGGAUCAGGACUCUUCUCAUCAUCAUACGAUUGUUCCCUUCGUCAUCUAUCAUUCUCAAGCCUUAAAUCAACCGAAUUGUUUGCGUUUUCAGAUGAGAAUAUGCUUGUUACCCAUUUCGAUUUGGUGCCGAAUGGUCAAGAAGCUUGGAUUGCGGAUAAAAAUGGUGGGAUAAGUCAUUGUGAUUUCCGUGAGGAUAAAAGAGGUAGAGAAAGAAGACGCUGGAUCGUUCAGGAAGAAGGAAGAGCUGCUAAAUUAGGUGGAUUAAGUGUGAAUCCACUCAUGCCACACCUGAUAGUGACAGCAGGGAAUGACAACAAUCUACGAUUAUGGGACGCCAGAUCAUUAUCUUCUGUACCUGCCAAUCCAACUUCAAUAACAACACCAAUAUCAUCAGCAAAAGCGAAAGCUGAACCUGGAGUUGAUACCCCUUAUCCAGAUUCAUUUAUAACGGGAGAAACGGAUUAUGAGGGAGUAUCGAAGUUUAUGACUUCCAAAAAAGGAACGGGGAUACUAAGAGCUAGUUGGAAACAUGGUAAAAGUUGUAGUUCGGCAUAUUGGGAUCCAUGGGGUAAAAGGAUCUUGACCACUAGUUAUGAUGAUAGAUUGAGGGUAUGGUCACUACAACCACCUUCAUUGCUAUUACCACAACCAUUAUCGACAUCGCAUUUCCAACCGACCCGACAAAUCCCGCAUAAUUGUCAAACGGGUCGAUGGCUAACUAUCUUGCGUGCUCAAUGGUCAUUAAACAUGGAUUACAUGCCUCAUUUCACAGUGGGAAACAUGAAAAGAACACUGGAUGUGGUUACUGCCAACGGAGAAAAAGUGGUUCAGCUUUGGAAUGAAGUGGUCACUGCCGUACCCGCCGUCAGUGCUUCACAUCCAAAUUUGGUAGAUCACGUAGUGGGUGGAAAUACAAGUGGUAGAAUACAACUUUGGGGUUCAGGAAGUUCUUAG